AUGGCACCGGCGAAGAAGCGGGCGAGAAACGCGCAGUCAGAUGCCCAGCCAUCGUCGGUGCUCCUAGCUGAUUAUCGCACAGCUUGGCUCCUCUCGUCUGAUGAGCCUUCGGUCGAAAUCAUCUGCAAAAACGAAUCCUUCAAGGUCCAUACAAGCGUCCUCAAGCAGCACUCGGAAUACUUUGAAUCGUGCCUGAGCAGGCCUUUUAUGGAAUCAGAUGGCGUGGUAAAGUUUGACGACAUCGAUCCUCGAUACAUGGCAUUCUACCUCGGUAUAGCAUACAGCUAUUCGUCCAUCGUACCGCACACGCCGCCCGCAGCGUCCAAGAACCCCGAGGCUCGGGCACAGCGCACGCCUCUUUGCGAUUACAUUGAGGUAUUCAAGUUAUGUGACCGUUUUAUCAGCACGCAGAUGAGCGGAUUCCUCCACAAGUGCAUCCUGACGGCCAUUGGAGACGGACACCGAGCCUUGUUCCGCUCAUAUGCCGACAAGGACCAGCAGAAGGCUCUGAUGAGAGACUUUGCGGAUGGAUACGAGGCUCUGGAGCAAGCGCACACAUUGCAGAAGAUGCUGGGAGAGACAAUCAUUGAGUAUUUCGUAGAGGGCAUUUGCUACGACGCCUGGGACAGCUGUAUGGACGAGGUUACCGACAAGCCAAAGUUUGUGGCGCAAGUGUCCAAGGGUUUUGCCAGGAAGCUGGCGGAGGCGAUGACGACGAAGACAAAGGUGAAGCGCAAGGAGCUUGCAGGCCCAUGA